CUCGUAUCUGGCAUCGCUUUGCGGUUAUUUGUGCAACCUUGUGCAACGUUUAUUUACAAACAGCUGUUGUGUGAAUUUAGUGCAUAAUUUUAUUUUGUCGGCAUUUUAUUUAAAGAAAUAAAUUAAGAGAAAUAUCAGGAAUAUACCUACAUUUGAUAUUAUAAUUCUCAACAUGAAUGCUAUGACAAAUGUGAAGAAUGUUCUUAAGCUCAGUGCAACUGACUUAAAAGGUGGCAAGAAAUCAUGGCACGAUAUGUAUAAGGAUUCAGCAUGGAUAUUUGUUGGUGGUUUACCUUACACCUUAACAGAAGGCGAUAUAAUCUGUGUUUUUUCACAGUAUGGCGAAAUUGUUAAUAUUAACUUGAUAAGGGAUAAAAGUAGUGGAAAGUCAAAAGGUUUUUGCUUCAUCUGUUACGAAGACCAACGUUCCACUAUCUUGGCAGUUGAUAAUUUAAAUGGUAUUAAACUACUUGGGCGUACAAUACGCGUGGAUCACGUCGCCGAUUAUAAACCACCAAAGGAGAAUGAGAAAAUGGACGAGGAGACACUUAGAUUGUAUAUAGAGGGUUGCGCACCAAAAGCAGUGGUGCAGAAAAAAGAACGACCAUAAUAAUAAAUGUAACAGUUAAGCAAAUUUAGUUAUUUAUAAUGAAUAUUUUUAUAAGU